CUUUCGGUUUCUGUUUGUCCGAAAUGACAAGUCAACAACCGAAUGCGAGAAUUAUACUUCAGCAAUGCAUGUCGGCCAAACUGAUGGUUCAACCAGCGAUAGAAGACGAGGAGGCAAAAUAUGUUCACGUAAGAUGCAUAGCUUUUUUUAAAAUCUGGAACCCGAUGCGUUACAAAAGCACAUCUAGAGGAGUGGUAGUCUAUGUCUGUUUUCUACAAGGGGCCAACACAGAUACAGUUGAAAAGAUGGCUAAGGCGGCUUUGAACACCAAAUUAAGUUCCGCAGAGGACGGAAAACUGGUCUCCGUACUUGACCUUCCUGGUGAUGUUCUAAUUAUACCCCAGGCGACCUUGGGAGGAAAUCUGAAGGGCAAGGUCAUGCAGUACCAUAGGAAUAUUCACAAGGAGGAGGGAGAGAAACUGUACAGAGCUUUUGUUGACCUUUGUACACAGACAGUCCAAGGUCACGAUAAAGUAAAGCAGUGUAGUGUAAAGGCAGGAACCUACGGAAAUAGACAAGUGUUCUCUACAGAAACUAAUGGACCAUUCACACACCUUAUAGAGUUCUGAUGAUACACCUUUACAACUCAAAUGAUUCUCAUUAUUAAUUUAUUAUUCAUAUUUUGUUGGGUAGUUGUCACAGUUAUGUAAAUAUAUGUUGGAAAAAUAAAGCUGCAAUGUGACCACUAACUCCAGAGCAAAUGUGGUAUAUUCCAAGUUCAAAAGGAACAUGCAAACCUCCCUGAUAAUUUUUGUAUUGGAAUAUCCUGUGAAUGUACAAUUAUGUUCA